CAGACACACACAUAUAUAUAUAUAGACACACACGUAGUGUGCAAACUCUUAUCGAUCAAGAAACUCUGUGUGUAUUUUAGAGAGAGAAUCUUGAUUCUGUUUAAUGGCAGGCGAGUCUUCAUCAUCAAAUCUAAGCAUAAUUGUUCACAAAAACCCUUCUGAAUCUCAUCUUUCUGAACUGGGUAUCAAAUCUUGGCCCAAGUGGGGAUGCUCGCCGGGAAAGUACCAGUUGAAGUUCGAUGCACAAGAGACAUGUUAUCUACUCCGGGGAAAAGUCAAAGUCUACCGGAAAAAUUCGUCGGAAAUGAUAUCGGAGUUUGGUGCCGGCGACCUUGUCAUCUUACCGGAGGGUCUCAGUUGCACUUGGGAUGUCUCGGUUGCCGUCGAUAAACACUACAAGUUUGAAUCUUCUUCUUCUUCAUAAUUAAUUAUUAAUUAAUAUAGUUUAAUUAUAAUCCAUUUUUAAUUUUAAUUUUUAAUUUUUUAUGUUUAUAGUAAUAUAAUUGUUAGAUGUAAUUAUUUCCAAAUUAAGGGUCUUUCUCUCUAUUUCUCCA